UCCUGCCAACUUGGGGCUCUCUGACCCGCCUCCCUUCGCGCGCGCAUUUCCGGCCAGACCUGGGGAGGCCCGACAUGGCGGUGCUAAGCCAGCUUCUCUUUUCUUGGGGUCGCGGUCCCCGGAGGUUUUUCAGUUAUGGAACAAAAACAUUAUAUCCAAACAAUGAAGCUGUGCAGUCUAAAUUCUUUCCACCUUUUCCAAAAGUGAUGCUACCACCCAAUAGUUUUCAAGGAAAAGUGGCAUUUAUUACCGGGGGAGGCACUGGCCUUGGAAAAGGAAUGACAACUUAUCUGUCCAGCCUGGGUGCGCAGUGUGUGAUAGCCAGCCGAAAAAUUGAUGUUUUGAAAGCAACUGCGGAGCAGAUAUCUUCUCAAACUGGAAAUAAGGUUCAUGCAAUUCAGUGUGAUGUGAGGGACCCUGAUAUGGUGCAAAACGCUGUGUCAGAGACGAUCAAAGUCUUCGGAAACCCUGAUGUUGUGAUAAACAACGCAGCAGGGAAUUUUAUUUCUCCCUCCGAAAGACUCUCUCCUAAUGCUUGGAAGACAAUAACUGACAUAGUUCUGAAUGGCACAGCCUUUGUGACUCUGGCAUUUGGGAAAGAACUAAUCAAAGCCCAGAAAGGCGCAUCAUUUCUUGCUAUUACAACCAUCUAUGCUGAGACUGGAUCAGGUUUUGUAGUACCAAGUGCUUCUGCCAAGGCAGGAGUGGAGGCCUUGAACAAGUCUCUUGCAGCUGAAUGGGGUAAAUAUGGAAUGAGAUUCAAUGUGAUUCAACCAGGGCCUAUAAAAACCAAAGGUGCCUUUAGCCGUCUUGACCCAACCGGAGCAUUUGAAAAAGAAAUGAUUGACAGAAUUCCCUGUGGUCGGCUGGGCACUGUGGAAGAACUUGCAAAUCUUGCUGCUUUCCUUUGUAGUGAUUAUGCUUCUUGGAUUAAUGGAGCUGUAAUCAGAUUUGAUGGUGGAGAGGAAGUACUUAUUUCAGGGGAAUUCAACAGUCUGAGGAAGGUCACCAAGGAUCAGUGGGACGUAAUAGAAGGACUUAUCAGGAAGACCAAAGGCUCCUAAGACUACUCUGGCCUUCAUCUUGGUUAUAAUGGAAAUUAUGCAGACUGUCUAUAAUGAUUUGAAUAUUUUCAGGUCUAAUAAAUUGUUAAUUAGCAAGCAUUCCUGGAAUGUGUAUUAUAUGCUAGGCCAAUGGUAGGUAGAUCUUGUACAUUAAAAGAUGAAUAAGAUAGGAUAUUGUCUCUUUAAAGAAUUUUUAAAAAAAUAAAAACAGGAAAGUGAAAGGCUAUUAAUAGAAGUGAAAAGUGUUUAGAUGUGCAGAGAAAGGAACAGAUAUUUGUAACUGGAGAAAAUCAGGAGAAACUUAAGGGUGGAAGUAGCAUUUGAGUUACAUGUUAAAACGAUGGCCUUGGUGACGGUGUCUAAAAGAAAACAGAGGAUUUCCAAUAAAUCUAAUAAUGGA